AUGGAGUCUCAAUCUCCAGUUGAAACCAAAACAACUACAACACAAACUAAUACUAAUAAUAUAAAUAGUAUUAGUAACAAUAUUAAUAACUAUAAUAGUUUUAGUAGUAAUAAUAAUAAUAAUUUUGUAAAUAGUAGUGUAAAUAAUUUUAAUUCCCCACAACAACAAAAUCAUCACCAUCCAAGAAAUAGUAAUAAUAAUAAUAAUAAUCGUAGAUAUAACAACAAUAGACACAGAGAAAUGCCAAUAAAUACAGCAUCAGCAUCAUCUAAUAGUAAUAGUUCGACUUCAGGUCUUUCAUCAGGUAAUUUAACAAUUAAUCAUCAAAUCUAUAUAUUAAAUGAAAAUUUAGAAUUUAACAAUAUUAACUUUAUUAAAAAUAUUAAAGAAUCAGAUGAAAUUAUUUUAUUUACACCUGCAGAUAUUUCAGAAUCAUUAAAAUCUGAAGAACGUCAAAAACAAAAGGAAAAAGAAAAAGAACCAUUAAACUGGCAACAAGAGUUAUAUAGCAGCCCAACCAAACUUAAUCCUAGAUCAGCAUCAUUUGUUCCAAAAACUAAAAAUAAUGAUAUUGUUAAUAAUGAUACUAUAAAUAAUAAUAUAAAUAAUAUAAAUAAUAUAAAUAAUAUUGAAAACAAAGAUGUAAACAGCAAAACACAACAAAGACAACCAAGAGAAAGAAAAGAAAGAGAAAGAAAGCCAAGAGACCAAAAACCACAAUCACAAUCACAACCACAAUCACAACCACAAUCACAAUCACAAUCACAACCAAAACCACAACCACAACCACAACCACAACCACAACCAAAACAAAAUGAUAAAAACAAUAAUAAAAAAGAAAAAAUAAAACAACCAAAAGAUAAUAAUAAUAGUAAUAAUAAUGAUAGUAAUAAAAAUAAAGAAGAUAUUAAUUUAUUAAAUAAAUUCGCAAAAAAUAGAGCUAAAGAAAACUUAGCAAGAGCCAAUACCACAGCAACCACAACAACAACAAAUAAUAAACCAACUAAAAAAACCAAAUUUAUAUUUAAUGAAAAUGAUGAAAAGAAUUCAGAGUAUACACCAUUAGCAAUUCAAAUGAUUGGUAAAAUUCAAAGUAAUUCAUAUGAAUGUAUGGUAUGUUUUGAAAGUAUUGGAAAAAACGCAUCUAUAUGGAGUUGCACAGAAUGUUUUACAAUGUUUCAUCUAAGUUGUAUCAAACUAUGGUCUUCCAAAUCAACAAAUUCUGAAGGUAAAUGGAAAUGCCCAGGAUGUCGUUUCAAUCACGAGAUUAAACCAGAUCAAUCAAAAUGUUUUUGUGGUAAAGCUAAAGACCCUCAAUAUAAUCCAUAUAAUCUAGCUCAUUCAUGUGGUGAAGUUUGUGGUAAAUUACGUGCCAAAUCAAAUUGUCCCCACUCUUGUACAAUGCUUUGCCAUCCAGGUCCGUGCUUAAAUUGUUCAGCUUUAGGUGAUAUAAAAAAUUGUUAUUGUGGUAAAACACAAUAUCGUUUAUUAUGUGGCGAAGUUGACAAAGGAAAAGUUUGCGAAAAUAAAUGCCAAAAACCAUUGGCCUGUGGUAAUCAUAGCUGCGAGAAACAAUGCCACGCAGGGAAUUGCACACCCUGUGAGGUAACAGAAACACAAAAAUGUUACUGCGGUAAACAUAUUGAAUCUAAGCCAUGUGGUUCAGGAAAUUCUGAUGAAUCUCAAGGCGAACCACGUUAUUAUAGCUGCAAUGAAAAGUGUGAUCGUACUCUAGACUGCGGUAAUCAUAAAUGCACCAAAACUUGUCAUCAAGGCCCUUGUGAUCCUUGCCAAUUGGUACCAUCAAUGAUUCAACGUUGUAAUUGUAAACAAACCUCACUCCAAGAACUUGGUGUUGUCAGAUCUUCAUGCCUUGAUCCAAUCCCAAAUUGUAAAAAGGUUUGCUCUAAUCUUUUAGCUUGUAGACAACACUCAUGCCCUGAUCGUUGCCAUAAUGGACCUUGUGCACCAUGCAAAGUUAAAGUAAAGUCGAUUUGUCGUUGUGGCAAAACUACAGAAAAUAGACAAUGCGGUCUUGUUCAACAAAAUAUGUCAUCAGGUGGUGCAUUUACCUGUGGUAAUGUUUGUAGGGUUCUUAGAUCCUGUAAACGUCAUGAAUGUGGUAUCAAAUGCUGCCCAUCAACCCCAACCCACGAUGAAGCUGGUAAUCAUGUUUGCACUUUAGUUUGUGGUAAACAAUUGAAAUGUGGUGUUCACAAAUGUCAACAACUCUGUCAUUCUGGAAAAUGUUAUAAUUGCUAUGUUAACUCCUAUGAAGAGCUUUCUUGUCCAUGUGGUAAAACUGUUAUUCAACCACCAGUACCAUGUGGCACUAAACCACCAAUGUGCAACCAUCCAUGCAGUUUUAAACGUGAAUGUGGCCAUACCAAUGAAGUUUGGGAACAUAAGUGUCACUCUGGUAACUGUCCACCAUGCACAGCUUUAGUUGAUAGAAUAUGUGCAGGUGGUCAUCAAAUUCAAAAGAGUGUUAAGUGUAGCACUUCUGAGGUUUCAUGUGGUAGAGUUUGUGGUAAAAUCUUAAGCUGUUUAACCCACACAUGUCCACGUAUUUGUCAUAGUGGUCCAUGUAUAUUACCAGCACAACCAUUAGUUGGUAACAAACCACAACCAUUACAAAGUGCAAAUUUAAUUAAAAGAACUAUAAAUAAAAUUCAAUCACCAAUUACAGCAACUACAACAACUACUACAACAACAACAACAACUACCACUUCACCAUCAAUCAUUAUUAAUAGUGAGAGUGAUAGUGAAGAUGAAGAUAAAGAAAUUAAAUCAUCAACAAAUGAAGAGCAUGAAUGUAAUCAUGACCACGAUCACAGUCACGAUAGUGAACACUCUCAUGAGGAUGUUCAUGAAUGUAACCACGAUCACAGUCACGAUCACUCAACUAAUAAUGAAUCAUCAUCAACUGCCAUUAAUAGAUCAGACUCUGAAGAUUCAUUAGACAGUCUAAUGACAAACUUAACAUGUGGUUAUUUAUGUGGUAUGCCACUAUCAACUUGUGAUCAUCAAUGCUUUUCACAAUGCCACCCUGGCGAGCCAUGUCCAAUUGUUACUUGCAAACAAAAAGUUAGAAUUUAUUGUUUAUGCAAAAGAAGAUCUGUUGAGACUGUUUGCAUAGGAAAAGAUGAUAGUAGAUCAUUAGAGUGUGACGAAGUUUGUGAAAAGGAAGAAAGAGAAAAACAACUUAAAGAAGCAUUCUUUGGAGCCCAUACCACACCACAUUCAUUGGACCCUCAGUCACAACUACAACAAUCACAACCAACAUUUACAUCAUUGGAUCCAAAUUCAAAUGACUAUGCUCCAAACAAAUUGCAAUUAGAGCCAUUACAAAUGAUCGCUAAAGUUUCACCAAAGAUCAUCAAAAAAAUAGAAACCAUCUAUGAAGAUUUCAUCAAUUCAAAUUUAUUAAAACAAACCAUAAAAUACACCGACCCAAUCACAUGUUUUAUUUUAGUACAAAUGGCCAAGUUUUAUCAAAUGAAAUACAGAGAGAAGAAACAAUUAAAUCACAUUGAAUUCUUUAAGAAACCAGCUUAUCAAUUACCAUCACCAAGAUUAAGCGAAACUAUUUCUGGUGACAGUAAUCCUUCAAACCAAAUGUUUACAAUAAGUGGUCAAAGUUAUGCUGCAAUUUCACUAAACCCAUCCAUGGUAUCCCAACAAGAUCAACAAAAUGAACCAGAAAAUGGUACAGCUUUAAUCUUUAGAAAUUUAGAUCAAACUAUUAAAACUGAACACAUCACAAAUUUAUUACAAGAAUUUGAAGGAAAAUAUAAAGUAAUUUGGGUAGAUGAAUCAAAUUGUAUAGUUGUAUUUGGGGAUCCAUUCAGUUUUUCACAAGCCUCCCAAAUUAAAACUAUUUUCACAUUCGAAAUUUAUAAAGAUGAUACAUCACUUUUAGAUAUUACAAUUCCAACAGCUACAACCACUACAACCAUUCCAUCUUCAACAAACUUGAACAAAUCUUCAGAAACCAAUGAAUUUUAUAAGAUGUCUCAACAAAUGAACAGAUUUUCAUUUUUAGAUUCUGCCAAUAUACAAACCAACAUAAAUAAUAACAAUAACACUGAUAAACCAAAUGUACCAUUAUCAUACAGCACAAAUAACUCGAGUACUAAUCGUUUAUUAAGAAGAUCAAAUGAACAAAAUGUUGAUGUUUGUGAUGAUUGGGAAUCCCUUCAAUAA